UAGUCUUUAAAUAUCUUGAACCACAUGGUUUUUUCUCCGUCUUUAUAUAUAGGCUAUAGCCAUUAUCUAUACAAAACCCAAAAUAUACUUUAAAACAUGGAAGUUAAACAGGAGGUUGUUCGCCCCCAAUCGACCUUUCAUCCAAGUAUCUGGGGAGAUCAGUUUCUGGUCUAUGAGGAGGAGCAAGAAGAGCAAGCUACAGUAGAGCAAACAAUCCAAAGUUUGAAAGAUGAAGUGAGGAAACAAAUACUGGUAGCAUUUGAUGAUCCCACUAAGCAUAAUGACUUGUUGAAACUUGUCAAUGAUAUCCAACGCCUCGGCAUUGCCUACUGUUUUGAUCAAGAGCUCGAGAAAGCCUUGGGCCAUAUUUAUAUUAUAUAUGGUGAUGACUGGAAUGGUGUUAGUGCUUUCCUUUGGUUUCGACUCCUCCGACAAGAAGGAUUUUAUGUUUCAUGCGAUAUUUUCAACAAAUACAAGAACAAGGAUGGAACUUUUAAGGAAUCUUUAACUAAUGAUGUUGAAGGCCUGCUUGAGUUAUAUGAGGCGGCAUAUAUGCGGGUGGCAGGCGAAGUUGUACUAGAUGAUGCUCUUGCUUUUACAAAAGGCCAGCUAGAGAAAAUAACAAAGGAUCCCCUCCGAUGGAAUUGUACCCAGAUUCUUUCGAGGCACAUAGAGGAAGCACUAGAGCGGCCUAUAUGGAAAAGGUUGCCAAGACUAGAGGCGUUGCGAUAUAUACCUUUCUAUGAACAACAAGAUGCACAUAAUGAAUCCUUGCUUAGACUUGCAAAGUUGGAAUUCAACCGACUUCAAUCUUUGCACAAAAGAGAGCUUAGCCAAGUCUCCAAGUGGUGGAAAGAUCUGGAGCCUCAAAAGAAUUUGCAUUAUGUAAGAGACAGAUUGCCAGAACUCUACUUCUGGGCUGUGGGAGCCUACUUUGUGUUGGUAUCAGAAUCGUCGGACACCCAGGACCAUUCGGAACGGACCGGGUUGUUAUUAUAUUCACAAUCACAAUCAAUCAUAUAACAACGAUCGCAUAACUUCAUUGUAACAAUAAUGAACGAACAGUAAUACGAAUGAUUUGAAUGAAAAACUUACUGAUCGAAAAACAAACAGAAAUACUUGCAGCACUCGAUAAUAACAUAAACUGACUUCGAAUACCUUCAACAAAUGUCUGUUACAACGCUACGAAAUAGAACAAUGAUGCAGGGUUCUUAUAGGUGUGAAACGGUGCCUCUAUACGGUCGCGUCUUUUCCUUAAACGGUGUAUCCUGAAUAACCGUUGCAGCAGUUACAACAAAGAGACACACCGUUUCACCUUUGGGCUUUAUAAACCCUUGACCCGUAUCAUAAUUCUAUCGGACUGGACUAUAAACAAACUGACACGGACAUUGUUCUUUGACCCAUACUGGACUAAACAUAACCUGGACAAACAUGGCCUACGGCCCAACCGAAAUAAACUAAACAUAAUAAUAAAGUCUGACCCAUUAACUAAAAUAAACAUAACGUAAACGCGGCCCAUCAAGAAAUACGUGCUUAAUUUUCGAUCUUCAUUCUCCCCCUUAAGCACGAAUCUUCUUGACCCGCAACAAUCUUCACGCAUCUUCGUCAUCGGUGACCACGAAUGUGAUCACCAAGUCCGCAUCAUCCUCGGUCUUGACCUCCUUGACUUGAGCAUUCUUCUUUCCAUCUUUCUCUUUUGCUUUUGCAUUCUUAUCGCCCUUUUGCUUCAUAUAUUCGAAGUACCAUUCAAACAACUCGAUAUAGUGAACAUACGAAACCUUCAUCUCGAAGCCAUCAACCUUCUCGUACCCAUACUCGAGUGCAACUUCAGCCCACGAAUCAUCUUCUAAUACCUUUUUAAUUCCACCCUUGAGAUUCACAAUACGGUACAAAAGUAGCAAAUUCACAUCUCUUCCGUCUAGCAAUUUCGGUGGCAUCUCUCUUGACUUAACAAUACCAAGAAAACUUGGUAAAAACCAUAUCAAAACAUCAUCAAAGUUGGCAUCAUAAAACUUGUCAUAACCCGCCAAUUCUUCGUGCAUUAAAAGCAAAUCCAACGGCUCUAAACAACUAUCCAUAAUCAAGCCGUUCUCGAUCACGUCAUCUUCAUCUUGGGAAAGGACCACCGCCCUUUCACGUAACUCUUGCCUAGAUUGAAGAGGGUUAUCUUUCAUCCCCUCGUAGUAGAUCAUAAAGCAAACUUUAUGCUUUUUCGAAAACACAACUUCAUCCUUUUUUGUUCCCGAUGUUCCUUCGCCGUUCGCCUUCUUUCUUUCUUCACGUUCCUUCUUAAACUCUCCUUCAUAGUAAUCUUCUAUGUACUCUUUAAGUUUCUCCUUCUCCAUCCGAUAACCGUUAUCGACAUCAAAUUGAUCAUAAAACCGAUUCAAGUAAUCCUCUUCUAAAUCAACAUUUGAUUUAUCUUCAUACACAUCAAAGUUCUUGACUUGUGCACCGAACAUUCGCUUUAACAUACAUUUGUCACCCAUAGUGACCAUCUCGAUCCCUUGGAACAAAAGUUGUUCCAAACUAAGAACAUUUUUCUCCAUCUUCGGUACAUAACUUAUACACGAGAUUGUUUUAUCUCUACCAUCGACCGGUAUUCUCACUUCACCAAUGCCAUGAACAAACGAAAAAUUCUUCUUUUUCUCGUUCGUGAUUACCCCGAAAUGCCUCUUGAACCGUUUGAACAAACUACGGUUCCCGGUCAUGUGUGUCUUGAAACUUGGAUCAACGACCCACAUUUCGCUAAACAAACCACCGCUCGUACCAUCGACUAAGUAAUCAUCUUCUUCCGGUAACGGGCCUAAAUUGAUAUAUCUACUAGGGCAAAUGGAGGCUAUGUGCCCAAAUUGCUUACAAAUAAAACAUGUCACCCCGGCCUUCCUCGGCCGUCCAACCGGUGCCUUCCCUUUCCGGUUAACUUUCUUUCCAACGCCUUUAGGAACCUUCUUCUUCGCAUAAUCCUUCCCGGAUGACUUCACCGAACGUUUGGUUGGCUUCCCCUGCGCAACUCGUUUCCCACGGUUGCAGCCCCGGCCGCACUUUCCAACGUUCCCAACAUCACUACUACUACCGAUUUCUACCCCUUUUCCUUUACCGCGAAGACACGCGUUCCCAUGACUACAACCCUUUCCGUGUCCGUGUGAACCUUCGGCUCUGAUACCAAUGUUGGUAUCAGAAUCGUCGGACACCCAGGACCAUUCGGAACGGACCGGGUUGUUAUUAUAUUCACAAUCACAAUCAAUCAUAUAACAACGAUCGCAGAACUUCAUUGUAACAAUAAUGAACGAACAGUAAUACGAAUGAUUUGAAUGAAAAACUUACUGAUCGAAAAACAAACAGAAAUACUUGCAGCACUCGAUAAUAACAUAAACUGACUUCGAAUACCUUCAACAAAUGUCUGUUACAACGCUACGAAAUAGAACAAUGAUGCAGGGUUCUUAUAGGUGUGAAACGGUGCCUCUAUACGGUCGCGUCUUUUCCUUAAACGGUGUAUCCUGAAUAACCGUUGCAGCAGUUACAACAAAGAGACACACCGUUUCACCUUUGGGCUUUAUAAACCCUUGACCCGUAUCAUAAUUCUAUCGGACUGGACUAUAAACAAACUGACAUGGACAUUGUUCUUUGACCCAUACUGGACUAAACAUAACCUGGACAAACAUGGCCUACGGCCCAACCGAAAUAAACUAAACAUAAUAAUAAAGUCUGACCCAUUAACUAAAAUAAACAUAACGUAAACGCGGCCCAUCAAGAAAUACGUGCUUAACUUUCGAUCUUCACUUUGAGCCUCAAUAUUCCCGUUCUAGAAUUUUCUUAACAAAAGUGUUAACAAUAGCAACAAUUUUAGAUGACACUUAUGAUUGCUACGGAACUUAUGAGGAACUUGAGAUUUUCAACGAAGCGAUUCAAAGGUGGUCAGUUACCUGCAUCGAUGCACUUCCGGAUUACAUGAAGUUCGUAUACAAAAUAUUCUUGGAUUCAUAUGGUGAAAUGGAGGAAAUCAUGGCAAGUGAAGGAAAAUCAUAUCAAGUUGAAUGUGCAAAAGAUUUGAUGAAAGAGUUGAGUAGACAUUACAUGAUUGAAGCAAAAUGGAAAAAUGAAGGGUAUGAACCAACAUCAGAGGAGCAUGAAUCAGUUUCAUUUGUAUCUGCAGGCUACAAAAUGCUUAUUCCAACAAGUUUUGUGAGCAUGGGUGAGAAAGUCAUAGAAGAAGCAUUCAAAUGGGCCCUUAGCUUUCCCCCUCUUAUAAAAUCUGCAUGUGUAAUUGCUAGGAUUAUGGAUGACAUUGUGGAAGGGAAAGAAAAGGAGGUUGUGUCCACAGUGGAAUGCUACAUGAAGGAACAUGAUGUCAAGGAGGAGUACGUCUAUAAUUUGUUCAAGGAAAGAGUAGAAGAUGCAUGGAAAUAUAUGAACCUAGAAUUGCUUACACGUAAAGACAUUCCUGUGGUCCUCAAAAUGCGUGUGAUCAACCUGGCACGCGUAAUCGAAUCACUAUAUAAAUAUGAUGAUUUCUUAAAGAACGUUGGUAUAGAACUGCAAGAUAAUAUCAAAUGUUGUUUCAUAAAUGCAAUAACCUUAUAAAUUUAGAUUUUUCAUAGUUUGUCAUGUCUUUAGAGAUCAUGAAGAUAUUGGUUCGUCCUUGUGAAGAUGGAAAAAUAUGAACUGAAUAAGACCUCAAGUUGUAUUUGUGUUAAGUAUUAGUGUAUUACUUGAUGGUCAACUUAUAUUUAACUUAUGGUUUGCAUUUAGUCUAA